GUUUCAGCAAAUAUGAAACGAACGUCUAUAUUAUUUAUUUUGUUCUUAUCAUUGGUGUCAACUUUGGUAAAUACUUCCAAUGUUGUUUUUUUUAUAAAUGCAAUCGGAAAAAGCCAUCUGGAUUUUGGUGAUUCUCUAAUCGAUAGUCUUGUUGAAAGAGGCCAUGUCGUGGAUGUUGUGAUUGUUCGAGUCAAUAAUCUAGUCAAAGGGCACGGAAACAGCAAGGCUUCUAAAUUUUACGAGCUUGAAAGUAUAAAUGGAAGUGAUUGGAGCAAACUGAGCCAUCUCGCAAGUCCAUUUGAAGAUCGACCGUUUACAUUUAACGGAUUCCAAGUUUAUAAUAAGAUUGGAAAUGCACUUUGUGAAUCAGCACUUGCCGAUCAGAACCUUCACGCUUUCCUCACUUCUAGGCAGUAUGAUAUUGGAGUUGUUUCAGUUUUUGAUUAUUGUGGAAUUGGGAUGCUUGUGAAGUCAGAAGUUCCAUCAAUUGCAACAUUUAAUGCUCUCCCACUCUUAUCAAUUCAAACAGUGACAAUGGGUCUUCCGAAUAUUGCUUCUCAGGAUGUUCCGUUGUUCUACUCAUUCGACCUGUCAACACUUUACGGUAAAUUCUGGAAUCUAGCAUGCUGGAGAUUUCUUAAUUUGAUCAGAAUCCCAUCGCUCAAACACGAGCAAGAAAAAAUAUUCCAAAAAGUGUAUGGAGAUGAUUUCAAUAUGGACGAUAUCAUCGACAAAGUUGAUAUCACAUUUGUUAAUUCCAAUGAAGUACUUGAGAGACCACGUCCGCUACAUCACAGAAUUCAGUACAUUGGAGGAAUUAAUUUGAAAGAUCCAAAAUCAGUCAAUAUCAAAGUUGAUGUUGACAGCUCAGAUAAUUUUGGAACUCAAAUUCCAUCUUCAGUCUAUCCUCGAUAUGCAGUUCGGAAUUUUGUGAAGGUGUUUAAAAAGUACCCAGAAUACGCAUUCCUAUGGAAAUAUAAUGUGCAACCUGGAGAGGAGAAGCUGUUCGAGAAUGUUGGAAAUGUAAUUUUGUUGGAUUGGUUGCCACAGACAGAUUUGUUAUACGAUCCACGUGUCAUUGGUUUUAUUUCACACGUUGGUUUGAACUCAUUCAGUGAAGCUUCUUAUUCUGGAAAACCUAUAAUUGCAAUCCCUCUAUUUGCUGAUCAACCUUAUAACGCAAGAAAUGGUGUCGCCCGAGGAACAACCUAUUUAUUGAAUAAAUCUAAACUGACAGAAGAGAGCAUUGACAAUGGAAAAUGCAAAGAAACUUCAGAAGAUGUUAGUUGAAAAGCCUACAAAUCCAAAGAAACGAUUUGUUGAAUGGAUGGAAUACGCUGCAGCAAAUCCAGGACUUCAUAAAAUAUUUGCACUUCCCGGAGCAAAAAUGGGGAUUAUCGAGUAUUAUUGUGUGGAUACUAUUGUUUUUGUAAUUUUAAUUGGGAUCUCUACUUUUUAUAUCUUGACGAGAGUUGUGAAAACGCUAAUAUCAAUAAUUCGAAUUGAUAAGAAACCUAAAAUAGAGUAAAACUAAUUAUGGGAGUAAAAAUAAUAAAUUAUUUUCAGUUUA